AUGACCGAAGAAGUUGAUGAAUUACUUAGUGCAUUUAAAACAACCUUUUGGAUUGAUCAGCAUCGUUGGUUUGUGCAAUGUCAAUGGUAUCCAGUCACGUCAAACUAUGACCUUUUUACUUUAUCAUAUGCUAUUAAUGAUGUUUGUAUAAAGUAUCCAUUACUCUUGAAAUCUACUUGUCCUCAAAAUGACUACCAUCACAUAUAUGACGCUGUACGUUGUUUAAGAUAUGAUAAUGAGACUGGAAAAUGCUCUCAACAAUCUGAUAUUCGAUUCUACAAACUAGAAAAAUUGGAAGUACAACUUCCUGUUGAUGAACAUUUUUGGUCAAUUGUUCCAACAUUCGAUCGUUUAAUUUCAUGCGACAUAAUAUCACAUGAGAAUAACAAAGAGUGUCAAGAUCAGUUACGAGUUCUUCUGUCUCGUGCAUUCAAUCUGUUGUUUCUAAAUCUUCCACGUUUAAAAACAAAUGAUUCUCUAGUAGGCGUAUCAUCGCAAAUCGACGAUAGAUUGAAAAAACAGCUCGAUCUGAAAGAACUUGUGGGUUCAUUUGACGAGAAACAAUGUCUAACUUUCUGUCAUUUACCUCUAGCAGUACAGUGUGAAGAACUUCACAUUUGUGUAAAAAAUCGGAUAUCAAUAUGUGAUCUUGUUAGAACAAUGCUUCGUUUACGGUUAUUAUUUGUGAAAUGUGACGAUGAUGAACGACAAAAACGAUCUGUAAUCAAACAAGAUAUGAAACAGGAAAAAUCAGAGGAAGAUGAACUUGUCAAUUGGUUAAGACAGCAAUUGUCAAAUGUGCAGCGAUUGGUUCGAAUAUCUCGUUGGGGUUCUACUGUUGUAUUGAAAUUUUUUUAA